AUGGAUUUCAUUUAGAAGGGACAAGAAGGAGACCUCUUCUUAAAUGCACUGCAAUAACUAGUGCAAAUAAUACCUUUUGAAAAUGCCAUCCAAAUUCCAUAAUUCAAAUAAAGCAUCUAAAUUCAUUGCAAAGAUAUCGAUAUCAACCCUUUGGAGAAUAGUACUACAGCAGUGGGUUAUAUUAAGGCUGGAGGGGAAGCUUUGAAAGAAGGCUUUAAUUGGUUAGGAGAUAAGAUAGCCAAAGGAGUGGCAGCAGGAGGGGAAUAUAUCAAUUCAAAAGUGGAGAAAAAGGAAGAUGUGGAAGUCAAGCCAGAAACAAAAUUAAAAGUGGAAACCGCUAAGUCUAAGUUUUCAUAGACAGUUGAUGUAACUGGGGCCUACCUAAAAUAACUAUUCACUCCUGUUGUGUAAAAAGGGUCAGAAUUCAAGUAAGACAUAAACAAAUAGAUUGAUAAUUCGGAUAGUUAAGGGUUGAAAGAAGGCAGAGAAAUAUUUGUGGCUAGUUGGGAUGCUAUGGGGACAGCUUUGACUGGUCUGGGAUCAGCACUAUCGAAGAUUGGUGAUUAGAUAGGAACAAACACUAGAGUGAUAGUUGAAAAGAAGUAUGGGUAGGAUGUCUCGGAAACAUAUUUAGGUCCUAAACCAUAAUAAUAAUAAGAAUAAUAAUAAUAAUGA